CAUAGGACCGGGCCGAGCAGGAGUCAGGAUAGCAUAAAUGGCCCCGGUGCCAACGGAGUGAAGAAUGGGCGCCACGACGUCGCAGCCAUGGCCAGAUCCACCAACAGAAGCAGCAAGGACGGGGACUCACGGGUAACCGCCUCCACGGACCGCGGAGAGGUCCGGGACUUGGCCGAGCCCCGGGAACUGUCUCUGGAGGAGGUGCUGAAGUCGUACGAGCAGCCCAUUAACGAGGAGCAGGCAUGGGCGGUGUGCUACCAGUGCUGCAGCGGGCUGAGGGUGCCCCGCCCGCCGGCUGGGAGAGUCAGCUGGGUGAAGGACCCGUCCUCCAUCCUCCUGCACAGGGACGGAACCGUGUCGUUGCAGCAGCAGCCCCGACACCACGAUGACACUGAUGGGCCUCCUCUUCCACCUACUGCAGAGCGUCAGCUGGUUCAGUCUCUGGGUGUGGCCAUCUACCGAGCUCUGGACUGGGGGCUGGAUGACAGUGAGGAGCGGGAGCUCAGCCCACAGCUGGAGCGCCUCAUCGAACGCAUGGCUGGGGGGGACCAGAGCGGAGAGCGGGAAAGCACUGCCGGUAACGGCACAACGGAUGAGGGGUACAGUGGGCAGGAAGAGGAGGAGGAGGAAGAGGAAGAGCAGGAGGGAGUGAUAAGGCCGGUGUGUACGUUCCGCCAGGUGAUGGCGAUGUGUGCGUCUCGGCUGGCCAACCCAAGCCUGGCUCCGGAGCACUACCAGGCGGUCUGCAGGGCUCUGUUUGUCGAGACUCUGGAGCUGCAGACCUUCCUCAUCAAGAUCAGAGAUGCUAAGGAGAUGCUGAAGAAAAUCACAACAGAGGAGACUCUGGAGGACCGGUCCACUGCUGAGCUGGACGCACUGAAACACAGAGACUGGGCACGUCUGUGGGUGCAGCUGAUGAAGGAGCUCAGGCAGGGAGUGAAGCUGAAGAAGGUGCAGGAGCAGCCGUUCAACCCGCUGCCCACUGAGUUCAGCCUCACCCCCUUUGAGAUGCUGAUGCAGGACAUACGAGCGCGCAAGUUCCAGCUACGUAAAGUCAUGGUGGACGGUGACAUUCCUACCAGAGUGAAGAGAAACGCCCAUGAACUGAUUCUGGAUUUCAUCAGAUCAAGACCUCCACUUAAACCAGUUACUGAGCGUAGCCUCCCCCCUCCUCCCCCGCAGCAGCAGUCCCUCCAUGACCAGGUCCUGGCUGAGAUCAAGCAGGAGAGAAAGCUCCGGCCUGUGGUCCCACCCAGCUCCAGACCAUUUGGCUCUCUGCCCUGUCUGGCUCAGACUUGUCCUUGUAAUGUCAAAUCUACUUCGUGCAUCGACCUGUCCAUGUCAGAGCCCGGGCCCCGGCCGCCGUCCCGCCCUCGCAUCCUGCUCAAGGCCCCGACACUGGCAGAGAUGGAGGAGAUGAACAUAUCUGAGGAGGAGGAGUCCCCAGACGCCGGGGAGCUGAAGAGAGCAGAGAGCUCCCCCAUGCCUCUGAAAAGGGAUCGCUCCUUCUCAGAACAUGACCUGGCCUUGCUCCGAGGAGAGAUGCUUCCUUCGCUCUCUGAGACGGGCCGGCUGGGCGGGGUGGUCAGGCUGAGGGGUGAGAGGCCGCAGUCCUGGACACUGAGCAGUGGUGGGCCGCCUCCUUAUCACAGAGCCUCCUUCCCGGUCCACGGCUGGGGGCCAUCCUCUCCAGCCCGCCUGUCUCUGAGCUCGGUUGAUGAGACCACAGAUGGCUCAGAAAAGACGUCAGGCUCCAGAGCUGGAGACGAACACCAGUGGAUGGAGGAGUUCAGCCACCCUGUGGAGAGUCUCGCCUUAACCGUGGAUGAGGUCAUCAAUGUGCGCCGAGUGCUCGUCAAAGCAGAGAUGGAGAAGUUUCUCCAGAGCAAAGAGCUCUACAAUAACCUGAAGAGAGGAAAGGUAUGCUGCUGCUGCAGAGUGAAGUUCCCUCUCUUCUCAUGGCCGUCCACCUGCCUCCUGUGUAAAAGAUCUGUCUGCGCCUCCUGCAGUGCAAAGAUGAAGAUUCCCUCUAAGAAGAUGGCCCAUAUUCCUGUGUACACUGUGGGCUUCCACAGCACUCCAAAGAGCCAUGGACACAAGAGCCAAGUGUAUAAGUCCCUGCGCAGUUUAUCCCGCCACUCUGUGGAGGAGGAGUUCCCCCACCUGUACGCUCACGGCUGCACGCUGCGCGACGUCUGCGCCGAAUGCACCAAAUUUGUCGCUGAUGUCAUUUCCUCCAGCCGCCGGAGCCUGGACAUCCUCAACAACACUCCCAAGAGGGAAGCCAGAGCUGCUGUCUCCGCUCAGAGACCUCAGCUACAACGUCAGCCCCACCUGGAGAUUUGCCCUCAUCCAAGCCCUCACCCACAGCGUCACCCCCCACCUUACCCACAGUCACAGUGUCACCCCCAGCUCCCUCCCCAGCCCCAUCAUCACCAACAGCAACCUCAUGCGUCACCUUCCACGUCGCAGCUCCACCGCAAGACGAUCAACAAUGUGAAGCAAUGAGAAGAUUGACACUGUAAACCCGUCUGCCAACACACACACACACACACACACACACUGACUCCUUAAUGAGUUGUGCUACUGUACUACACACCAACACACACACACGCACAGAAAAAGUAGGGUUCCCUAAGAUUUAUCGUGGUUACAUGCAUAAUAGCAGUAAUGACCUAAAGAGUCGCUCGACUGGUUCACAUGAAUAAAAAUAUUAAAUGAGGUACAGUGAGGAUCCUUCAGACUUUACAUCUAUUAUUUAAAGCUUAUGAUCCACUGCAUAAAACUAAAAACCAUUUUCUGGAGCUGUCAGAGUCUUUUUAAUAAGAAUCUCCACCACCUCACCCAUCGUCCAGUUCCCAACAUCUCCUCCCAUAUCUGACCAUCUCAGCCAGCGGGUGUGCUCACACACACACACACACACACACACACACACACACACACACACACACAGCCGCCCCCCACCACCCGUUCACUUCACAGGGUGUCAGUAAGAAACAGUUCUAUCUGUAUCUGCUUUAUCUGCAGCACCAUGACUUAACUCCCUGAUGCUCACACCAGCUGGGAGGCAAGUGUAUGGGAAGAGAGGACAGGUGAGGCACGUACUGAGGGGUGGAGGGGGCUACACACUGUGAGAAGGUGGAGGUAGGCCUGAGUGGUGGUAGUUUACUGGGAUUAAAAGCCGCCCAGGAUUUAGUCGACAUGUAUCCGUAGCAUUUUAGCUCCCUGUGGUUGCCUUGAUUUUGUCAUGAAUGUAACUUAGAAGAACCACAAAACAGAAAUGUACAAACGUAAGCUCGCACACAACUUUUAUUUUUAAUCAUCCGAAAAAAAAGGGAUUUGUAACGAGUGGCUGCUGCAUAACCUUUGCACUGUAGACGUGCCCAGGUGCAGCUGGACGAGGUGUGACGGUGAUGACACUGUGAAUGUAACGGGGUGAAGCUGCGGUCUGCGUCUCUAACUGAUGCGGCUCGUCGAUGCUGAUGUGAAGCGAGCAGAUGAAACUCCCGUCUCUCUCACUCCCCAUGGACGCUUGCAAUCCAACCCGGUUUUGUAAACACGAAGUGAAACUCAACUGCAAUAAAAUCAAACGAUAA